AUCAUGCAUCCACACCCAUCAAAACCUCUUAUGGCUUCCUCCAUGAAGCUGUUCUUCCUCCUCUUCCUUUCCCUUUCCUUCUCCUUCUCGCAAACACAGGCGAGAGAAGGCCGGUUCUUCUUCAACAAGACGACACGACCCGCAGAUCCCACGGAGGCAACGCCGACCGCAGAAAAGCUCGACGGGCCUACGACGCUCCCCCCGCAGAGCCAGAACGGCUACGGGCUCUACGGUCGCGGCCCCGAACAAUCCUCACCGACCACCACCACUUACUCCGACGAUGCACGCCGCUACAACGGUAACAACAAUCUACCGUCAAACUUUCCCAACACCGAGCUCGCGAACGAACGGUACGAUGAAAAGAACAACUAUAACGACCGAUACGACAAUGCGAACAACAAGUUUGAUACCGAGAGGGGGCGACGGUACGGCAUGAGCGACACGAGGUUUUUAGAUAAUGGGAGGUACUAUUAUGAUGUUAACGCUGAGAGAUAUGCGUACAAUGGUAAUGAUAAGUGGAAUGCGAGGAGGGGGAGUAAUCAAAAGGAGUAUGGGGUUUAUGAUAAUCAGGUUGGUAACAAGAGAGGUAAAUAUGGAGAUGAAGCGUAUGGAUAUGGGAAUAGUAAGGAGUAUGAUGAUGGUGCAAUGGAGUACCAAAACAACCAAGAGAACCAAGAAGAGUACGUGCCUUAAAGUAUUAAUUGAUGAUCACCAUGCAUGCACGAAUGAUCUUUUGUUAAUUAAUUAAGCUUGCUUGUGCCGUGUUUAUUUUGUAAUUUGAGUGAACACUACAUGUAAGACUAUAUGUUUAAGUAUUUUAAGUCCGUGUUUGGUGCUUUACGUAUUCGUAUCAA